AUGUGUGGUGGUAUAGAAACUGAUCCAGAAGAACGAUCUCGACUUGCUCUUUUAGUGUUGAAUCGUACCCGGUUACCUUAUCAAGCUUGUGUCCGACGUGAUGGUCAUCCAGUUAUGGUACAACUUGAUUGUUCCCAGUGUACUGUAGCGGAAUUUAAUGAAGCUUUCAAACGAAAUUCCAAUGAUCAUUAUAUACCACUACGUAUAAUGGAGCUUUCACUUGGCGCUUGUUUAACAACAACGCUAAAUGAUUGUGAUCCAGAACAUGCUGAUUGUUUGGUUAAUGGUCCUCGUUAUGAAUGUCGUUGUCAUGAUGGUUGGAAUGAUACAUCAAAGGAAUUAGGACAAGCAGAAGGAAGACGAUGUGAACAAUUAAUCCUACUUGCUGAUGGAUGUAUCCUAUUUUUUGGCUAUUGUUUAUUGUGGUGGUUUCUUUUGCUUGGUAUCAUCCUCUUUUUGGCACUAUUAUUAUUCUGUUGGCUAGGCUAUAAACUAAACAAAUUAUGCCAACAGCGAAAGAGACGAAAUGUUACAAAAGAACAG